CCAAAACAUUACCGAAAACUCUCGUGAGUCUUUCUUUUGCUUGCUUGCACUCACACAUGAGGAGCACUAGCUGGGUGGUCCACUACCUUCUUCUACUUCUUCUUCUUUGUCGAAUACAAAAGUAAUUCUCCAUCUCUGUAAAUCUUGACUUCCUUAACGUUUAAGAUUCUUGAAAAUGUUCUCUGUUUUUGAAGAUCUUUAACCUAGAGAAAGCUUGAGGACGUGGAGAAUUUACUAUGUUGGUUUUGUUGUCACAGUCGAACCAUAGUGUGAUUCCUUGGAAACUUCAAAUCUGAUUGUGCUUCGUAAUCAUAAUCUGCUCUAAAGUCUUAAACUUUCUUGACUUAUGCAUCGUUUAGGUCACAACAUUUUUGUUAUAGUUUUCUGAGCUGUUUCGGUCGUCCGAGUUGUAGGAAGAGAAGAAAUGUCAUGGGAUCAAUUAGGAGAAAUUGCGUCAGUGGCGCAGCUUACAGGCGUAGACGCUGUGAAACUGAUUGGAAUGAUAGUGAGCGCCGCGAACACGGCUCGAACGCACAAGAAGAAUUGUCGUCAGUUCGCUCAGCAUCUUAAGCUUAUUGGUAAUUUGCUCGAGCAGCUAAGAAUCUCUGAGAUGAAGCAGUAUUCAGAGAUUCUUGAGCCGCUUGAAGGGCUUGAAGAUGCUCUUAGAAGAUCUUACAUUCUAGUUAAUAGUUGUCAAGAAAGGAGUUUUAUUUACUUGUUGGCUAUGGGGUGGAACAUUGUUUACCAGUUUCGUCGAGCUCAGGACGAGAUCGAUCGGUAUCUCAAGAUCAUUCCACUCAUCACUUUGGUGGACAAUAUUCGGAUUCGGGAGAGGUUGGAAGCUAUUGACAGUGAUCAGCGUGAGUACACUCUUGAUGAAGAGGAUAGGAAAGUGCAAGAUGUUAUUUUGAAACAAGAAUCCACUAGAGAAGCUGCUACGUCGGUUUUAAAGAAGACGCUCUCUCGUUCUUACCCGAACAUAGGUUUCUGCCAAGCACUCAAAACAGAGGAGGAGAAAUUAAAACACGAGUUGCAACGUUCGCGGGCGCGUUAUGAUACUGAUCAAUGUGAAGUCAUACAGCAUUUGAUUGAUGUUACACAAACUGUUGCUUCUGCUGAUCUUGAUUCUGAAAAGGUGUUGACUAAGAAAAAGUCUAGUAAAGAAGAGCUUACCACCUCUAGCAAGAAGAAAGAUGAUUCGUAUGAAACGGAUAGUGGUAUUCGAACAACUUCAAGCUCCACGUCUUAUGUUUCAUUUUCAUCCGAACAUGAACUAGUUUCUGGAAAAUCAUCGCGACACCGUGAAGAUUGGCACACUGACCUGUUGGAUUGUUGUUCAGCACCUGUUCUAUGCUUGAAAACAUUCUUUUUCCCGUGUUGUACAUUGGCGAAGAUUUCCACCGUCGCAACUAACAGACAAAUCUCUUCAGCUACAGCUUGUAAUGAGCUAAUGGUGUAUUCUUUGAUACUCUCAUGUUGCUGCUACACUUGCUGCAUAAGGAAGAAGCUUCGAAAGACACUCAACAUAAAGGGAGGGUCCAUUGACGACUUCUUGUCACAUCUAAUGUGUUGUUGUUGUGCUCUUGUCCAAGAACUGAGAGAAGUCGAGAUCCGUGGAGCUUCUUCGCACGCAGGUACAGAGAAGGAUAAGGAAAUGAGUCCACCAACACCUCAGUUCAUGGAAGAAUGAAGACUUGUCCAACACGGAACAUAAUUGGUGUUUCUUCAUUAAAUGAAUAUCUUCUAAUUUUAAUGUUGACAUCAUGAUUUAAUGUAAAUUAUAUUGGGAACAAUAUGGAGAUUUCAGAACGUUCCUUAUACUUUUCUAUCGAUUACUACAUAGAGACAUAUGAGACAACACGAAUAUCAUUGUUAUCGGUGAAUAGAAUGUUUUGAUCAUAACUUUUGGUGUUUUGAAGAUUUUAGUUUUUCA